UGAUUUCUGCGAGUUCAAUAGUUCUCUAAGUACAAUUUGACAUACACGAGACGGGCGUAAACUGCUAAAACCAUGGUUAUUCUACUUUGCAAAGAAAAUAUGACUGCAGUGCAGCCUAUUUCAUUGAACAGUAUUCUUAAUGGCUAUAACAGGACUGAAAAGGGACUUAAUGAGCCUCACAUUCGAUAUGCGGUAGCUAGUCAAACAGGCUUAGAAGGCCCAGAUCAGGUGUUAAUGUCAGAUGUAGAUGUAACAACAGAACGUUAUGGUCGAGUUAGGAUAAAAUUAGGCGAAGAUAUUAAUGCAACUUUACCUGUUUCCAUACCUGGUAUUUUAUCAUCAAUAGCCAAGAAAUAUCCUGAUCAUUUAGCUAUGAUAUCACAACCAGGACUGGAUGGUACAAAUACAACAUACACUUAUAAGCAAUAUGAGACUGAAGUAAGGACCGUAGCCAAGGCAUUUUUAAAACUGGGUUUAGAGAGAUAUCAUAGUGUCUGUAUUUUAGGAUUUAAUAGUCCACAAUGGUUUAUUUCCGAUAUCGCUGCUAUAUAUGCCGGAGGGUUUGCUGCCGGUAUUUACACGACGAAUUCUGCGGAAGCAUGUCAAUAUUGUGCUCAACAUAGUGAAGCGAAUAUAAUAGUCGUUGAGGAUUCUAAGCAAUUGGAAAAAAUAUUACAAAUUAGAAAGAAUUUGCACCAUUUAAAAGCUAUUAUUCAAUAUGAAGGAAUCCCUAAAGAGAAAGAUGUGUUAAGUUGGCAUGAACUAUUAGAAAUCGGUAAACAAGAAUCUGACGAUAAAUUAGAAUCUAUUCUAAAAACUAUUGGUGUUAACGAAUGUUGUACAUUAGUAUACACUUCUGGUACAGUUGGCAAUCCAAAAGCCGUUAUGUUGAAUCAUGACAAUCUUAUACACAUUACACGAUCCAUUAGGAAAUGUGUCAAUUUUGAACCUGCUAAGGAAACUUUGGUCAGUUAUUUACCAUUAUCACAUGUUGCAGCGCAGUUAGUUGACAUAUUUCUGAGUAUGUCUUUAGCAAGCACAAUAUAUUUUGCUGAUAAAAAUGCUCUUAAAGGAAGUUUGAUAGAAACAUUAGUUGCAGCAAAGCCAACCGCUUUCUUAGGUGUUCCAAGAGUUUGGGAAAAAAUUUAUGAAAAAAUGCAGUUGGUAGCGCGUAAUAAUUCGCGUAUCAAAGCUUGGAUAGCAAGUUGGGCUAAAGCACAAGGUCUUCUUUAUAAUACGAACAAAAUGAAUGGUAUUGAUUAUAAGCAUUGGGGUUACGUUAUAGCUAAAUGGCUUGUCUUCAAUAAAGUUAAGAUAACUUUAGGUUUAGACAAAUGUAAAUUUUUCUUCACUGCAGCAGCACCUUUAAAUAUAGAAGUUAAAAAAUAUUUUUUGAGCCUAGAUAUUCCUAUAAUGGAUGCAUUUGGUAUGUCCGAAUGUAGUGGGCCGCACAGUAUAACUUUACCUGACAAUUACAGGCUAGACAGUGUUGGUACUGUUUUACCUGGUUUUCGUACAAAAUUAGAAAAUAUUAACGAAAGUGGCGAAGGUGAAGUUUGCAUGUACGGUCGACAUAUUUUUAUGGGAUACUUGAAUGAUCCAGAAAAAACUAAAGAGUCCAUAGAUGAAGAAGGAUGGUUGCACAGUGGUGAUCUUGGUAAAUUAGAUGCUGACGGCUUAUUAUAUAUUACUGGUAGAAUAAAGGAACUGAUUAUUACAGCAGGUGGUGAAAAUAUACCACCUGUACAUAUCGAAGAAUUAAUAUUAUCUGAAUUACCAGUUCUUAGUAAUGUUUUACUAAUUGGAGAUAAAAGAAAAUAUCUGACUGUUUUAGUUACAUUAAAGGCUGAAACAAAAGCAGACACUGGUGAACCAUUAGACGAGUUGACUUCAGAUACCUUAAGAUGGUUAAAAUCUAUAGGAAGUAAUGCAAAGACGAUUAGCGAAAUCGUGAAUUCAAAAGAUCCACUUGUAUAUAAGGAAGUAGAAGAAGCUAUUAAAAGAGCUAAUACAAAAGCAACGAGUAAUGCACAAAAAGUACAAAAAUUCCGUAUUCUACCGCACGAUUUUUCAAUACCAACAGGAGAAUUAGGUCCAACAUUGAAACUGAAAAGAAAAGUUGUCUCUAAUAUGUACGCUAAUUUGAUUGAAGAAAUGUAUCAAUGAAAAAUAAUUCAAGGGUAUAUAUACAGGGUGAUUCAUCAGCUCUUGCCACUUAAGUAGCUCUGAAAGAAUCAUAGUAGCAGAAAAUUUAAUAAGGAAAAAGUUGCAUAAAAAAAUCAAGACUACAAUAUGACAUUAGUAUUUUUUUGCUAGGUUGAGUCAUUUUUGAGAUUUAUUGGUCAACUUUGUUUUAAUAAAUACAAUGUUAUAUUUUAAUAUUUAUUUUCGGAUAGCGGUUGAAAGGACGAAUCAAAUGAUGUGCAACAUUAAUAUUUUUGAAGUUCAACGAAGGUUAAAACUGGCGAACAAGCCGGCCACAAUACAGCUCUUUCGCAUCAUGGUCGCGUCGUGAUCGCGCCACGGUUGCAUCAGGGUUGCGUCAUCCUUUAGUUGUUCCGACAACAGACGGAACAGAUAUUUUCCGAAUAGUAUUCAUUGGUAAUUGUUAAGUUUUGUUUUUAAUGUUGUACAUCAUUGGAUUCGUCUUGUCAGCCGUUAUCCGAAAAUAAAUAUUAAAAUAUAACAUUGUAUUUAUAAAAACAAGGUUGACCAAUAAAUCUCGAAAAUGACUCAACCUAGUAAAAAAAUACUAAUGUCAUAUUGUAGUCCUGAAUUUUUCAUGCCACUUUUUCCUUAUCCAAUUUUCUGCUACUAUGAUUCUUUCGGAGCUAUUUAAGUGGCAUGAGCUGGUGAAUCACUCUGUAUAUAUAUAUGCAAAGUAAUCAUUGAAAGAUCUGAUAUUUUUGUUCUGAAAAAAUAUGUCUAUUUUUAAAAAUAAUAUUCCUAUUAUUCCGGAGACUUUGAUAAUUAUUGACAAUAAUUUUUGAAUAAUUUUCUAAUGAUGUCAUUUGUUGGGAACAAUUGCAUUUGCGAAAAAAAAGAAAAGGAAAAAAAAUUCUUCGCGCAUCUAUCGCACAUACGGGAAGUUAUUCGUUAAAAUAAAUUAAUGUGAAAUUUUUUUUAUUGACAAAUUAUUUCAUUAAUGCUUACACAAAGUAAAGGAAACAACUUAGGAUGGUCCUAUUAAAAAAGUGCCUUUUCUCUUUCUCUCUCUCCAUUAAUAAAUUUAUACGAUAUUUGUAUACAUUUAUAGAGUUGAUUUCUUUUGUUAAAUAAACAAAAUUGUACUGAUAGCGUUAAGAAGGGAGAAUGAAGUGUUAUUCUAUAUUAUAGUUAUAUAUGGUUUAUACAGCUGUAUUAUAAGUGAGAUGUGAAAAUCAGUGGAGUCUUACGUGUAUAAUCUAAAGUAAAAAUAUAAUAAAAAAUA